AGGCUAGAGACUCGCCACGCUCGCUCAGCAUGACGGAAAAGUUCUCCAGACUGCCCGAAUUCGAGACCCUCCAGCUGCAUGCUGGCCAGGACGUGGACCCUACCACCAACGCGCGCGCCGUGCCCAUUUACGCGACGACAAGCUUUGUGUUCAACGACUCGCAGCAUGCCGCGGAGCUCUUUGGCUUAAAAGCGUUCGGGAACAUCUACUCGCGUAUCGGGAACCCGACUGUCGAUGUCUUUGAGAAGCGCAUCGCCGCCCUCGAGGGCGGUGCUGCCGCACUCGCGACUGCGUCCGGCCACGCCGCACAGUUCAUGACGAUUGCAACGAUUGCCAGUAGUGGAGACAAUAUCGUGUCGUCAUCCUAUCUUUACGGUGGAAGCUUCAACCAGUUCAAGGUCUUCCUGAAAAAUUUUGGUAUCCGGGUCAAAUUCGUCAGCUCGCUUGACCCCGACGACUUCCGCGCAGCGAUUGAUGAGAAUACGAAAGCGCUUUUCGUUGAGUCAAUCGGGAACCCCAAGUACAUUGUUGCGGAUAUUCCGGCCUUGGCACAGGUCGCACACUCGAACAGGAUCCCACUUAUUGUCGAUAACACCUUUGGCAUCGGAGGUUUCUUAAUCAGACCUAUUGAUUAUGGUGCAGACAUCGUUGUUCACAGUGCGACAAAGUGGAUCUGCGGACACGGCACCACCAUCGCCGGCGCGAUCAUCGACUCGGGCAAGUUCGACUGGUCGCAGAGCGGCAAAUUCCCGUCUUUCACGAGGCCCUCGGAGGGUUACCACGGCCUCAAAUUCUGGGACACCUUCGGCCCGGUCGCCUUCGCAGUCAAGGCGCGGGUCGAGGUGCAGCGCGACCUCGGCGCGACGAUGAGCCCGUUCACUGCGUUCCUGCUCCUGCAGGGGCUCGAGACGCUGAGCUUGCGCGCGGAGCGGCACAGUGAGAACGCGCUCGCGCUCGCGCGCUUCCUCGAGCAGCACCCGAAGGUGAGCUGGGUGAGCUACGUCGGGCUCCCGAGCCACCCGAGCCACGCGCUCGCGAAUCGCCUCCUCCGCGAGGGCCUCUACGGCGGCGUGCUCAGCUUCGGCGUCCAGGGCGGCCGCGAGGACGCCAGGGUCGGCAGCCGCGUCGUCGACGCGCUCAGGCUCGCGAGCAACCUCGCGAACGUCGGUGACGCGAAGACGCUCGUCAUUCACCCCGCGACGACGACGCACCAGCAGCUCAACGAGGAAGAGCAGGCGGCGGCAGGCGUCACGUCAGAUCUCAUUCGGGUGUCGGUUGGUAUUGAGCACAUCAAGGAUAUUAUUGCGGACUUCGAGGACGCGCUCAGGACUGUGCCUUAGUACAAAAAAGGCAAGGAGAGACUGGCCUGGAAAUAAAAUUCAGAAGUGUACUAUACAGUCUUGAAUAUUCUAUCGUCCACUAAAUG